CAGUAGUCAGCUGGCAAUCGCAAGGGGAAGGACGCAAAAGCCGUGAGACGUAGUCAUAUGACCUUAUUUAAUUCCCGUAUAAACCAUGUACGGCUAUAAAAAGGCAAAACCUUCAAUGUCCUCGCAGAAUCUGGUGGAUCCUGAACAUCAGACAAGGACUCAUACUCCUGUCUCAAAAUGUCGAUGCUUUUUGAUGGGUCUGGCAACAACCCUCUUUGCGAGUGCUGUUGCUUUGGCUAUCUACCAGGCGACUAGUGAUCCAUUCCUUUUCAAGUCGAACAAAACUUUCAAGCGUCCUCCGAUUGCAGCACACCAACAGGGCAUUCAAGAUCCCAUCAAAGAUGAAGGUGUUGUUGUAGCCUCUGGAUCAGUGCGCACGACCUGGCCAGAUCCUCCCCCCCAUGACCAGGUGGCCAAGGUGGCCCGCUACAUUGUGCACACCUCAGACUGGGCUACGGUAGCAACUUUCUCCACCCAGAAAGUCACUGAAGGCUUUCCAUUUGGCAACAUUCUAAGUGUGAGUGAUGGUCCAAUUGACAAGUCCAGUGGGACCCCAUACAUGUACCUUACUCCACUGGACUUCACAGCUAUUGAUCUGGAGAAAGAUAACCGUGCUUCUCUCACAAUGAGCGAGGCUCAGUCUGACUACUGCCACAAGAAAGACUUUGACCCAGAGGAUCCCCGAUGUGCUCGCAUUUUAAUCACUGGUGAAAUUGUGAAGGUUGAGAAUGGAACAGCUGAGUGGGGCUUUGCUGAAGCUGCAAUGUUCUCAAGACAUCCAAUCAUGAAGUCAUGGCCUACUGAUCACAAAUUUUUCUUUGCCAAGAUGAAUAUCAUGAAUAUCUUUGUCCUUGACUUCUUUGGAGGUGCAGCAAAGGUGGACAUCAAUGAAUACUUCAGUGCUGUUAUGCCCUAAGCUGGGGUAACAUUUUUAUCUCUCUCACUGUAACUUCAGUCCAAGAUUGGCUUAGAAGUAGCAACAAGAUGCAGUGAUGAUUUUCUGAUCAAUGGAUUUAUUAAAGUUAUAUAUAACUUAGUAAUCAAAUACAUUUUAAAAGGUAGUUCUCAGAUGCAGUACAGGAUGAGAUUGGUAUAACUCUUCAUGUGCAUGAGGAUGCUUGAAUUGCCAUUAUGUUUUCAUAUAUGAAAAUAACUUGUCAUGUGACCUGACCUUACUGUCAUAAAUAUGGAAUUAUGAAAACUUAUUUUAACGUGAAUUGAACUCAAGCCUCAGAAUGUAUUGCAUGUAGAGAUUAGUCUUUAACCUUUUACUCUCUCAGAGCUUAGAUUUUAUAAUAGAAUUCGGGGGAGCUUGGAAUGUUAUUCUCAUUAUCUAUUUUAGAAGUAAACUCCGCUAUUGUUAUACAUGUGAUGUAUAUGAUAUAUAUGUGAGUCUUUUCUUCCACUUUAAUUAUCUACUCGUGGAUAUAUCCCAGUGAGAUAAAUCUAGUGUCUUGUGUGUUUGAUAAAGGAGUCAAGAACACACAGACAAUUUUCAUUCUUCAAGUGGCACAUAAAGGUUUUUAGUAUAUUUUUAUUUUAUUAUUAUUAUUAUUAUUAUUAUUAUUAUUAUUAUGAAUUCAUCAAGUAAAUGUUCUUGCUGAUAAUGUCUCAUAGACAACAUGUGGACCAGGUUAGCUCGUGUCAUAGCAGAUUCUUUCCAUAGUUAUUUAGUGCUUCUACAUAUUUGCUGUCUCACCAGGGAAGUUGGAGUAAAUGACUUUACAACUAUGGAAUUAAUUAUCUGUUAUCCUUAUGUUAUAAAUGAAAUGUGAUAUACUGUAUAUGCUAUAUAACAUACUUUGGUACAUGAAAAAUAACUGGUAGAUAUGAUGUGUAUAUUUGGUAUAUAUAAAACAGCAUAUCUUUGUAAUUAAUGAACAUUUUAUAAUAUGUUGCAAAGCAACAUGAUCCGAAUAUUGAAACUUAAGUCUUUCAUUCUGAAGUCUGCUUAUAUUUUUUACAGAAUAAAUAGGAAGCAGAAAUAUGUAAAUUGUACUACUGUAUUGGAUAUAUAGAAUUACAUAUAAAAAAUAUUUUUAUUUUAUUUAUUUGAAAUUUGACAUGAUGUGUAUAUUUAUUAUAGGUGAAAAGUACCCUAUAAUAAGAAUAUAUUUUUAUUUCUAUAAAAUGUUCACAUUUACAAUUUUCCUGGUCACAGCAAAUGUUCCUAUAGGGUUUCUCUGACUUAGGAUCACAGUAUAUGAUUUCUUGCGAGUCUUUACUUGAGUCAGUCAAGGAGACCGGAUGAAGAACCGACAUUAUUGGCUGUGACUUCGUAUGAGAGUACUUGUGUCUCAUUCCUUGAUUUUUAAUCAAAUUUGACAUUUAUUAGGAAUUUUAUUUCAUUUUGAUGAUAUUUAUUCAUUUCUGUAAGUGGUAUGGAAUGAAAUUUGUGGUAAAAGAUGAAUGGUAUGUUGAGUGAGUGAGUGAGUGAGUGUGUGUGUGUGUGUGUGUGUGUGUGUGUGUGUGUGUGUGUGUGUGUGUGUGUGUGUGUGUGUGUGUGUGAGUGUGUGAGUGAGUGAGUGAGUGUGUGAGUGUGUGUGUGAGUGUGUGAGUGUGUGUGUGAGUGUGUGUGUGAGUGUGUGUGUGAGUGUGUGUGAGUGUGUGUGUGAGUGUGUGUGUGAGUGUGUGUGUGAGUGUGUGUGUGAGUGUGUGUGUGAGUGUGUGUGUGAGUGUGUGUGUGUGUGUGUGUGUGAGUGUGUGUGUGAGUGUGUGUGUGAGUGUGUGUGUGAGUGUGUGUGUGAGUGAGUGUGUGUGUGAGUGUGUGUGUGAGUGUGAGAGAGAGUGUGAGAGAGAGUGUGAGAGAGAGUGUGAGAGUGAGAGUGUGUGAAUUCCACAAUAUCACCUUUUAUUUUUAUAACCUAAUGAACAAAGGUUGUCCUCCGCAUCUCAUCCAAAUCAAAUAGAAAGCUAUUAUCAUUUGCUCAUGUGGUUGGUGAUACUUUUGCUCAUUAAUUUUUUCCUCAUAAAUUUAUUGAUUUUUUUUUAGGUUUUAUUAUACUUACAUAUAUCUUUUUGUAAGAUAGAUGGGUGCUCUGUUUGCUUUGUCAUAGGACUAUGCAUUACUUUUAAUGUUUGUUUUUGUUUCCGUUCUAGCUUCAUGUGCUUGACAUUAUUUUUAGGGUUGUGCAAGUUCGGGUGAAAGAUGUAAUCUCAUAUCUUCGUGAUAGUAGAAUAAUCAUAUCUGUGUAAAGCAGGACUUGACAAAAUAUCAAUGCAUUUUCUAUAAGGCAGUUGUUAUAGAAGGAGUAUUUAGUAGAAUGAAAUGGUGCAUAUGAAUAGUAUAGAUAUAUGUGGGAAGAAUAAAGAUGUAUGCAUAUGU